GGGGUGGCCGGGGAUAGGGCUGGGCGCUGCUGCCCACUCGGGGGUGGCGUGGGGCGGCACGGCGCGGACCCCCGGUGCCCCCCGGUCCCUCCCGGUUGUCUCGCAGCGCUCCCCGCUUGCCCCCCGGUGUCCCUCCCGCAGUGAAAACAGCAUUUUGGCGUCUCUGGGAGCUUCCCCCCGGGGCAGGAGCUGUUUCUCAGUCCCACGGAGAAGCGAGGUGCCGUUCUUUCAAACUCCAGCAGCCAGGUGAGAAGAACUGUGAGUCUGGAACGUAUGCAAAGCCUCUGUACCUGUAAGCCUGCAAAGAGAAUACCAGUUUCUGAGAGGAACGGCAAAGAAAUUUAACUGCAAAAACUGAUGGACCAUUGCACCUUCCAAAAUGAGCCUUUUCACGCUUUUCUACUGGGAGCUAGAAUGUCGUGAAGAGAAAAGAAUUCAGUUCUGGACUGUCUUGAACAUUACUCACGGUGCAACUUCAGAGAGCAGCUUGAUUUAUCUGACUUGAAGAGGAGGCACAUGUGCAGUAAGCCAAGAGGACAUGGGCUUUCAGUGCAUCUGGAAAAAUGAUCAGGUACUGGGUCCUCAUGUCACUAAUUCUCUAAGUACCAACUCCGACCAUCUCCUUGAUGCACACUCACGGCAUCAUGGCCAGUACUCAGGAGCGUCUGAGCUUGUCUUCCUCUCCAAACUCGAUUGGCAAAGCUUUCUGUGAAGAUAAAGACUUUGGUAGGGUACAUGAUGAGCAUGGACCUACGGGAAACCACCCGUCCCCCGAGCUCAUAGAGGAUGUGCGUGAGAAGGGCUUGCUGCAGGCAGACCUCAUUGAGAACAUGAGCAGCCCGGUCACUGCAGCAGUGCUGACCAGCAUCAGCGAGGACUCUAGGGACCAAUUUGAGAACAGCGUGCUGCAGCUGCGGGAGCAGGAUGAAUCCGAAGCAGCCAUUCCUCAGGGCAACAGGAGCACUAUGGAUGGAGAGAGCAACAGUGGAGCAGACGACGUCAAAGUCCAGUUCAACAGAUCAGGCAGUGGGAGCGGUGGGUUUCUCGAGGGACUCUUUGGUUGUCUGAGGCCCGUGUGGAACAUCAUAGGCAAAGCGUACUCCACAGACUACAAACUGCAACAGCAAGAUACCUGGGAGGUCCCGUUCGAGGAGAUCUCGGAGCUGCAGUGGCUGGGCAGUGGCGCGCAAGGAGCCGUCUUCCUGGGCAAAUUCCGGGCGGAGGAAGUGGCCAUCAAGAAAGUGAGAGAUCAGAACGAAACGGAUAUCAAGCACCUGCGGAAACUCAAGCAUCCUAACAUCAUUGCCUUCAAGGGAGUUUGCACUCAAGCCCCAUGCUACUGUAUCAUCAUGGAGUAUUGUGCACAUGGACAGCUCUAUGAAGUCUUGCGUGCAGGCCGGAAAGUCACUCCUCGGCUGCUUGUGGAUUGGUCCACUGGGAUCGCUAGUGGGAUGAAUUACCUGCACCUUCACAAGAUCAUCCAUCGAGACCUCAAGUCACCAAAUGUUUUAGUUACACACACGGAUGCAGUUAAAAUCUCAGAUUUUGGUACAUCUAAAGAACUUAGUGAUAAAAGUACAAAAAUGUCUUUUGCGGGAACUGUGGCUUGGAUGGCCCCAGAGGUGAUACGCAAUGAGCCCGUCUCUGAAAAAGUGGAUAUCUGGUCAUUUGGGGUAGUUUUAUGGGAGCUGCUAACAGGAGAGAUUCCCUACAAGGAUGUGGACUCCUCAGCCAUCAUUUGGGGAGUGGGCAGUAACAGCCUGCAUCUUCCUGUUCCUUCCACCUGCCCGGAUGGCUUCAAAAUCCUCAUGAAGCAGACCUGGCAGAGCAAGCCCCGGAAUCGUCCCUCCUUCCGACAGACACUGAUGCACCUGGAUAUUGCAUCUGCUGAUGUGCUGGCUACUCCUCAGGAAACCUAUUUCAAAUCACAGGCUGAAUGGAGAGAAGAAGUGAAGAAGCAUUUUGAGAAGAUUAAAAGCGAAGGAACUUGUAUCCACCGGCUAGAUGAAGAAUUGAUUCGUCGUCGAAGAGAAGAGCUGAGACAUGCGUUGGAUAUCCGCGAGCACUAUGAGAGGAAGCUGGAGCGAGCCAAUAACUUAUACAUGGAGCUCAGCGCUAUUAUGCUGCAGCUGGAGGUCCGUGAGAAGGAGCUCAUAAAGAGAGAACAAGCAGUGGAAAAGAAAUAUCCUGGGACUUAUAAACGCCACCCAGUCAGACCAAUAAUCCACCCUAAUACAGUGGAGAAGCUGAUGAAGAGGAAAGGGGUCUCCCAUAAACCAGGCAGCCAGACUAAACGGCCAGAUCUACUGAAGUCAGAGGGCAUACCCAGCACAGAAGCAGCAUCUAAUGGCUCACCAGUCUCAGGAAGUCCCAAAAUGUCAACACUGAGUGGCAAAAGUCGCUACCGCAGUAAGCCACGUCACCGCCGAGGGAACAGCAAAGGCAGCUACAAUGAUUUUGCAGGGAUCUUGAAAAACCAGCCAGUGCAAGAUGAUGCACCCCCACCUCCACCUCAUAAUCAUUCUCAUCCUCCUGGUCUACCGCAGCAACAUGGCCACGGCCAUCCCCAUGGCCAUCACUCACGGCUUCACGCCCAUGGACAAGAUAUUGCCAACUGCGCAAACAACUUAAGGUACUUUGGCCCUGCAGCAGCGCUGCGGAGCCCUCUCAGUAACCACGCGCAAAGGCGGAUGUCUGGCUCCAGCCCUGAUCUCAUCUCCACUGCCAUGGAAGCAGAUUGCCGAAGGAAUCUGGAGAGCAAAGAAAGCAAAGAUGAUCAUUGGGAGUGUUGCAAAACAGAUCCAUAUAAUUCCUGUCUUCAGUGCAGGGACGAGGACAGUGGUCAGGUGCAGAUGUCAUCUGUUGAAACAGGAAUGAGCCAUUCUCAAUCACCAACGUCUGUUUCCCUAUAUGAAAACGCGCAGUACAUUGAGAAGAUGGAGGAAGAGGGCUUCAGCAACGGUACAUCAGCGUCUGCUCUAGGCACACCACAGCACAUGGCUUCCUCAGUGCUACCGUGCAAAGCAAGACCCAUUCAGAAGAGCGGUGAUGACUCCUCAGAAGAGGAAGAGGGUGAAGUAGACAGUGAAGUGGAGUUUCCUCGUAGACAAAGACCUCACCGCUGUAUUAGCAGCUGCCAGUCUUACUCAACCUUCAGCUCGGAGAACUUUUCUGUGUCAGACGGAGAGGAGGGGAACACCAGCGACCAUUCGAACAGCCCGGAUGAGCUGGCCACCAAGCUGGAAGACGAGCUGGCUGAGAAGCUGGAGGACAUGUUGUCCCAGACUCCAGAGAUCCCCAUUGAAAUCUCCACCCAGUCUGAUGGGCUUUCAGACAAAGAGUGUGCUGUGCGGAGAGUCAAGACUCAGAUGUCUCUGGGCAAACUUUGUGCUGAUGAACACAGCUGUGAGAACCCAGCACAGUUUGGAGAAUCAGACUGUGACUCUUCUGAAGGGGAGUGUUCUGAUGCCACAGUCAGGACCAAUAAGCCCUGCAGCUCUGCUACUUGGUAAUUCAGAUCUCCCCCAAAGCUUCCUGAUACUGGCAUUUUGAUUUCCCUGAGAUUCCACUUCAUUCCCCUUCAUCACACUUUACAGGAAGAGAAGAUGCUUCUCCUUCCCACCCCAGGAGUGAUUUGCAAUAACCCGAAUCUCUGGAAAAUGUCCAAAUGAAAUUAAUUCUCUUUGAGCAUUUCAAUCAAGAAUGGCAGGGAUGUAUUUUAUUGAAUAAUCUAGUUACUGUAACAUGGAUAUUUAUUUUUUUGACAUUUUAACACUUUUUACUGUAAAGAGUGGAUUGUAUUUAUAGACACACAGACUCGUUGCAAAAAAAAAAAAGUUCAGAAAGCAAGCACAUUACAGAGAAACAUCCUGGGAGUCCUGCCUGGACAGCUUUGUGUACAAAUGCGGGGGGAUUCUCUUGCUGCUUUCACAGGGGACCAGGCCGUGUGGCCCUGAAGAUUGGAGAACAGAUCAAGAAAACUAAACCACUCAGUCUUAUCAAAUGAGGAAGCAUAAAAAGACCUUACUAUAAGGUAACCUGUGAACAAAGCGAAUUCAGUAUAACCAGCUGGGUCAUUUUUUAAUCAGAAGGUGGACAUGUUCCUGGAGAAAACUGGUACUGAGGUGCUAACAUCCAGGGUCUUCUGAGUCAAUACAUCCCCAGGAAUGUAAUAGUGGGUUUUAUUUUAAAGAUUUUUAGUUUCUUUUUUAAUCAACAUUUUGUUGUGAGAUCCUGCAAAUGUAUUCUAACCUCGUCCUCUCAAGAAUUGGUAUAAGAGCACUUCUUAACAUCAUCCUUGCUUCACUCUGGCAGUGUCGAUCUCCAGUUGAGCAGGGAAGCCUCUUUCAGACGCAGUGUGCCAUUUCCCAGUUUACUUCCUCCUCUUACCUCCUGUCUGUUUCAGUCAGUUAAAGAAAUCAAUCAAAUCAGUGUUGGAAAAGCAAGAACUUGCAAACCGUGGAAAGCACAUUCUGCAGAGCCCGAGCACUCUUCUGGGGAGGAAACUGGAGAUGCCUGUACUGGACUUGGAGAAGCAGUCUCUCACCUACAACAGCAUCGAUAACCAGCAGAGAGCUGUGUGUCGAGGGGGAAGACCAGGAGUCGCUGGCCUAGAUAGGAGCAUCAGCCCUGCUCCAUCUCCUUCCUCACUGUACGUUCCUGAAAGCAUUAACAGCUGCCUGCCCUUCAUGUCAGGCUUGUGCAAAACAGGUUGCACGGGGAACCUCGAGGGUGGCUGUGGCACAGCUGUGUCUCGGGCGUACCCCGAGGCCUCUGUUUCUCCUUCAAGCUGAAACUCGACAGGUGAAAGUGAGGAUAGUACUGGUAUGUGACAGGCCGAGGCAUUGGCAGAUGAGAGAAUUUGUUUUCUGAUUAGAACUCAUAGUGCCUUCCCUUCAAACACUACUCUUCUAAAUCAAUAUUUAAAGAGAACAAAAUGGUAGAGCACGUCCUCCCCCGUCCCCCCUACCCCUUAGUUGAUGCCCCCCUUGCAAGAGCUUUCACUCUGCCCUUCGUAGCGUGCCGGCUGCCACGGCCGUGCCACGCUGCUGGGUGCUGCCCUGCAGCCUGGCACACCAGCCUGAGGUGAACGGCAGGAAUGGACCAUGGACAGGUACUUCUGUUGCUUUGUUUGUUUACAUUUUAUGUUAAAAUAUUGGUUUGCAUUUAACUGUGGUAAUUUAUAGCCUCAUGGCAAAAUGAAGGAAAAUGUCUUAUACAGAGAGCAGUAUUGUAUGAGUUAAAUUAUCCCAUAUUUUUAAAUUUUCGUAGCUGGACUACACACAGAUCUUAAGUUAUGAUGUUAUUUUGUUAUUUAUUAUCAUUUCUGUAGAUCAGAAGGUUGGCUUCACUGCUAGCACAAUUGUAAUCUGUUUGUGUGACGUUGCCUUCUCCCCGGUCACGGCGGGAGAUGGGAGCAGAGCUGGUCUCAGCGGCUGUCAGUAGUUGCUGCCUCCUGUGAUUGCCACGGAUGCUGGGGCUGGGCCGAGAGGGAUGGGUGCAGGCAGCCCCGCGGGCCCUGUGAUAUUCCUCACGGUGCUGCUGCGAUUUGCUCGCGUUGGUGGUCCCUGAGCUGGUGGGGAAUGGUGAUCAGGGACCGGGGGGCUUCUGUACUGAUGGCAAAGUAACCGGCCCCCGUGAGAGCCUCUGGCAGGAGCGCCCAGAAGGACAGGCAGAGAGGAGGGCGAUUGCUGCGGGCAGUGGGGGCAGGAUCAGGGUGGCCAGCAGAGCAUCCCUGUGUGGGACCAAAAGGCAGCUGAAGCGAACAGGGAGCGAGCAGCUCUCCCCUUCCUGCUGCAGCAAUACUCUGCUCAGGGCAGAGGCAGAAGGUGGAGGGGAGUGAAACUUCUCUGGUUUGUUUCUGGCUUCCUCUCCCCAUCACUCCUUCUUCCACCCAGAUGUCCUCUUGGCCAGCAGCACGAGGAGGCGGCCAGGCCAGAGGUGGCUUUGCUGUUGUGGUGUGGGAGAGGCGCUGCGGGUGGUGACUCAGCCAGCUGAGCCGGGAGUUUAGCGGUGUGGGAUUGUGCACGUAACACAUGCACACGGAGAUCCAGCUAUUCCAUAAGGAGAGGCUGAGAACUACCCUCCCCUCUACACCAUCAGCUCUCCGCCCCAGCCCAGUUUGCCUGUCGCUGGGAUUUGGCAGGCUCCGAUCAAAUCCUCAGCGCAGGGACUUCAGUCUGUGGUAACUCAGUCCCUACCAAAACGAUGCUGCAGGGCUUUUGGUAGCUGCACUCUGCUCAGAGCUCCGCGGUGGGAUGCGCUCUCUGCUCCGAGCUCUGCUGGGUGUGCGGAGGUGCAGAGAGGCCUUGGCACAGGGGAUUUCAGGCCCCUUCUGGCCAGCUGUCCUGGACAUGUCCCCAUUCCUCCCCAUCCUUGCCCUGGGACAUGCCUGGAGAAGCGGAGCUGAACCCUUCUGGGGUUCAGCCACACUUGGGUCUGCAGUAAACAUGACCCCCGGCCUUCCCCUGCGCACACCUCGUGCUCUCGGCUGCGUGUGGGCAGCGGUUCUGCCGAGGGCUGUGCGGGCACUGCUCUGUGCAACUUGCCCAGCUCUGCAGGCGUGUUGCUGCAUGGGUCCCGCUGCUGCGGUUCCUUGCACUUUCUCUCCUGGCAGGAUACGGGGCUGGGAUGCGCAGAGCUGCCCGCUUCCUCCUCGCAGUAACGCCUCGUUGGCAGGACAGAAGUAAACGGUGGGUUCCCUUCUCAGCAUCCUGACUUCCCUGAUGCAGUUCUCGUGGCUGCUGACAGCUCCUGAACGCUAGCCUAGAUUUUCUCCCAGAGCUGAAUGUUGCCUUCCCCACUGUCGUGUUAAGUAACCAUUUCAUCUUGGCCCUGUCCAGUAGUGUUCAUCUCUCUCCUCCCUGCUCUGCGGAUUCCUGAUACAAACUUGAUUUUUUUGUAUUGAACAGUGUACAGUGAUGGAAACAAGAAUGACUAUCAAAGCAAACAAUGCAUGGAAUAAAAAGCCAGUGUACUUCAA